CUCGUCCGGAAACCGCAUCUGCGUCUACUGGUUCUGUUGUCGCUAGAGGCUUACAGGGCCUUCCGACAGCAGCGAAGGUGCUGCAGCUCUGGGGAAGGCAAACGCCGCUUUGGCUGUGCCUUGUCCUGGAAGCUGGCGGGAAGCAAACGCCUUUUCAAAAGCCAGAGGCUCCAGUGACCCCUGUCACCACCGUCAUGGCGGUCCCAGGUUGCAACAAGGACAGUGUCAGAGCAGGCUGUAAGAAAUGUGGCUACCCUGGUCACCUGACUUUUGAAUGCCGCAAUUUUCUCCGAGUAGACCCUAAAAGGGACAUAGUUUUGGAUGUCAGCAGUACAAGUAGUGAAGAUAGUGAUGAAGAGAAUGAAGAACUGAAUAAAUUGCAAGCAUUACAGGAAAAAAGAAUAAAUGAAGAAGAGGAAAAGAAAAAAGAAAAAAGCAAAGAAAAAAUCAAAUUGAAAAAAAAAAGGAAAAGGUCUUACUCAUCCAAUUCCACUGAAGAAGAUACUUCAAAACAAAAGAAACAAAAAUAUCAGAAGAAAGAAAAGAAAAAAGAAAAAAAGAGUAAAUCAAAAAAAGGGAAACAUCACAAAAAGGAAAAAAAGAAGAGAAAAAAGGAAAAGCAUUCUUCUACCCCUAAUAGUUCUGAAUUCUCCAGAAAGUAACUGAAACUUUGGCUUAAGCCAUUAAAUUUAAAAAUUUUGUUGUUAAAACGUGUUUGCCCUUCCUUGGAAUUUGCUAUAUGUUAUGCUUUGCAAUAAAUCACAGCUUUUCCAAUAUACACAUUUUUCGUAUGUGGGACCAUUAUCCCUCUGGCAAUAUAUUUUUAAUGUGCUAUGACUAUAAAGUAUUAAAUCAGUCUUGUUACUUGAUAGCCAUGCCCCGAGUAUAGCUAUUUGUAUAUACUAAACGCAUCAUGUUUGGAUUUGUGGCUCUGUGUGUUUGGCUAAUGUUAUUACUUCAUAAAGUUGAUUGUAAAAUGGCUUUAUUAUAGUCAACAUGGGUUAUCUACCUAGCGGUUAAUGAGUAUUGCUGAAUCAGGUGUCUGCCUUCCAGUGAUGAAGCUAGGUCCUUACCUAGGGUAAUGUUUUGCUCUUGACACAGGGAAUUUAAUAGCUUUAUAUACUGAAUUAUAAUAUCUUUUAAAGAUAGUGAAGUUCUUCACUGUUGGUUUUUUUUUUUAAAUCUCUAGGGAUUUUUUUCAUGUGCAGCUGCUUAAUAGUCUUGACUAGGCUAACCUUUUAAAUGAAUGGUGUCUGCAGGAAGAUGAUCAUGAAAAUAUCUCUAACAAAGUUUCACUAUUCUAUGAAAUGCAGAAUUUCUAGUACCUGCCUCUUUUGUUUUUGUAACAAUUAAAAUAGUUCUUUCUUGUAUAAAGAGAUUAAUCUAGUUCAGCCUGUAAGUAAGUCUGCAGAGAUGAAUGCUGUGUUGGUCAGGAUUUUUAGGAUAGACUCCUGGGUUGUUUUACAAAUGUGCCAUAUUGGCAUGUCUUUAAGUGAAUACCUCAAACACAGAAAUUUUUAUUUAGGAAGAUAGCUAAAUCUUUAUUAGAACUGAUUUUUAUUGUAUUCCAUAUGUAAAUUUUAUGAAGCUUGUUUCGAUGAGUAAUGUGGAAAAUUUUACAAAUGUGAGCAUAUAUAUUUAUUUAGUCUGACAUAAUUUGUAGUUUUAAAGCAAAUUUCACACUGAACUUACGGUUUCAUAAAUGACCAGUUUGGGGUGUUUUCCUCUUUUACUUUAGUGGCAACCUCAGGAGCAGUGUCAAAAAUUUAGAAUCAAGAAUUCUAUUCUGUACUUUUUAAAAUUUAAGAGCCAGAGUUACAUCAUGAAAACCUUUAUAUAACAAUGGAAAUUUUAUAUGGGUAAGCAUUUUCAAACACAUAUUAGUAGAUAUGUCUUUUAAAUUUUUAUUUUCACAUUGAUCAGUGUUACUUUGCUUAAUACUUAGGUAUCCUUUAUGUCCAAUAAAGUAAAUGCUUAUGUUGUAGAAGCAUCAGACAUCAACCAGUAUCAUGGCAUAGCACCAAAGAUUGCAAAUACCUCACUAUGGUGCACUUAUAAAUUUUUAAAUUGUUAACCUACAGACAUGGCUUCAGGCGAAUUCAUGAUGGUGAAAUCAGCUAGGUACACUUAACCUCACAGGCUAGAAAUGUUUACUGAUUCUUCUUUCACCUAGCACCUAACGUGAAUACCCUCAGUAAGACUUGGGGAGCCUUAUAACUCCUCUUAACAUAUGCUUAUCCAUGCUUAAAUUCUAGGGAAGCUGCAUCCACAGCCCUAUUCUGUAAUAGCAUUACAGCCAUGAGAGCUCUCACACUUUUAGCCUUUCCAUAACCUAAUUUAGUCAUUUGGCCCUCUCAAAAGGAAAUAUUUUUGUUUAAAUAGGUCAGUCGGUUAUUGGGAGAGAAAUACAGAGCCAGUAGGUUUUCAGGGGUUUGGUUUGCCUUUGCUAAUUUUUUGAAAAUAGAGUUCUUCAGUUAUCAAGAUUUAAAAAAUCAGUUUUUAUAAUAUAAAGUUUUUUUAAAAAAACGGCUGGCCCAAGUGCAGUGGUUGUUUCUCCACUCCCACUGUUUGACUUGACUUGCCUUGAAAAAAUAAUAGUAAAUAUUAAAAAAU